CAGCACGGUCUCCUGGGCCUGAAAGAACUCCUCAAAAGAUUGUCUCACCUCCUCGUCUUCCAGCAGAGCCGAAUUCAACCUCCAGAUGCCCUUCCCUCUCAGCGGUGUGUCUGAAACAUUCAAAGUCACAGUAAGCAUAAGGUUGUUUAGAAAACUCCACCGCCCGACACUCAGGUGCCGAGAAGGCAGAGCUCUCCUUCAAAAAAAGCCUGUCUAUCCUACUCUGACUAUUACCUCUCCUAAACGUGAAACCAGUGCUGUCUGGGCUGCUCUUAACCAAGGCGUCCACCAGACCUGCUUCCCUGAC